UAUUGAACUGAUAUGUUAACACAAAGCAGGAAAUAGUUUUAUCUCAACAGAUAUGAUUUUAUAGUCCAUAUAAUGGAGGACAGCGAACUUGAGAUAAAAAGGUUGCAGGAGCUGUUCAGAGGACGAUUUACGUUUGAAGAAGCACAUUCACUAAUUAAUCAUCACCAUGGAGACUGCCAGGCAGCUGCUAAUUUUGUUUUUGAUGAGGAGCCUGAGACAGUCAGAGAUGUUAUUGGGACAGAAAACCAAACGUGGCAAGUUAUAAAAAAUAAUCAAAUAUGGAAAGACUUAAUACGACAAGGAACUAUUCCAAAACAAGAGAGACAGUUUGCAUGCAUUACGUGUGACAAUGUCUGGUGGAGAAAAGUUCCUAACCGCAAGCUGGUAUCGAGGUGUGUGCGAUGUUACAUACGAUACGAAGCAGUACCGACAGAAUACGAAUGGGGAAGAGCGGAAUUUCAUUGUCAACUUUGUGGAAAUGUCUUCAGAGGAUUUGGACAAAUGGGAGUCGCUUCCAGUCCUUGUUACAGAUGUAGCACGGUAUGUUCGCCGAACUCAAUUCUGCCAAGACGGAGGUUAGAAGGAAGAAGAUCCAGAAAUGUGCAUUCAUGUCUCUGUCGGAACUGCUUCAAUCGUGCAGAUGGACCUAUUGUUGAAGAAACCUGCGUCCAUCCACGUUCAUUACACCGGCGUGUAGUUUAUGCUAGCCAACAACACCUUAGCACCGGUUCUACAGUUGAUACUUUCUUAACACAAAAUGACUUAGCGUCCCAGGUAUCCGAUUUCGAACCAACAUUAUCAGAUAUUGACGAAUAAUGCGAAAUGGAAAAAUGAUGUCUACCCAAAGCCAAUAAAUU